UCCAGAUUCAAUUCCAAAUUUUAGAAAAAUCAAACUCAAUCACAACUUAGACCGUAAUUUCGUGCUUCUCAUUUUCUCCAAAUCCUUCUUCCUUCUUCUACUCCAAAUCCAGAAGAAGAAAAUGACCAUUAUACCCUUCUUUCUUCUUCUUCUCACUAGAACCCUAACCAAUAUCUUCUUCUUCAACACUUCUGCAACUUUCCUCCUUUUAAUUCUUCAAAUUUAUUGCUUUUUAUCUCCUUGUCAGUUGCCUUGUUGAUUUCAACUCUGGAUCUGCAUCAAAACCCAGUAUUAUUUCCACUGGUCAAAAUUGAAUCUUCAUCAAUCUGAAUCUUCAUCUUCUUCUUCAAUGGCUUCCAAUCUGAAUCUUUGUGAAUCUUCAUGAACGAAAACGUAAAUCAGGACAAACGAUUGCAACACGGCGAAUUCGGAAAAUCAUGAAGAAAAAGCGAAAUAGGAUGUUGGAGAUGAAGAUGAGGUAUGGUGGUUGAGGCAUUCGACGGUGCCUUUGGUGAGCUUGUCCUGAAUCUCUUGCAGAAGUUGAGGUAAUAACUGGUUGGUAGUUGAGGAUGGUCUAGAGUCCAUUGCUGACGACGACGAGGUAAGUGGGAGUGAUUUUAGCAUUUCAUUCUCAAUAGAUUAGAGAGCUAAAGGAUUAAUUAAUUCAAAUUAAUAUUGUUUCGUUGUUGAUCUCAUGCGAUUGAAGCAAUUUUUUAUUAUUUUUUUAAAACAUAUUACAACCACAAAACUCAUUACAAUUAUCUUCAAUAAUGUUCUAUAGGAAAAACAAUAUGUACAUACAAUUGGAAAAGAAUUAAAUGUUUGACGAUCGUAUCGUUAAAAAUUUAUCUUCUUUAUCGUACUGUUAAAUAUGGUGGUGGUGAGGAGAUUUGGUGAUGGUGGAGUGAUUGGAGGUUGUUAAAUAUCGUACUGUUAAAUUUAUGAAGGAUGAAUGUGGAUGAAAAUGAGAGAAGAAGAAGGAGGUUAAUAAAUUAAUUGUUGGUGAUACACCGUAAAAUCUGAUAGACUUUCGUAAUUCAACGGUCUCUUUUUUUAGGGGAUUAAAAUUAUCAAAGUUGGACCAAAUUGAAUAAAAGAAAUAAAUUAAGGGACGUGUUUGAGAAAGUUAAGACUUAUGUGACCAAAUUGAAUAAAAGAAAUAAGUUAAGGAACCGGCAGAUCAAUUAAGCCUAUAAAAAAAAAUACGGCAAACAUAGGAACCUUGACUUGAACAUUGACUAGUCAGAUCUCAAAGCCGACUCAUCCCCCACAACAUCACACAUAAAUAACUUCAACAAAGAACAAAAUCAUGAAACAACAAAAACAAAACAUAACAAGAAGAAGAAAAAAAUGAAAACUCUCAAACCCCAUCACCACCAAUUAUCAACCUUCAUCUUCAUCCUACUCUUCCCUUUCCUUAAAUCACAAACUGCAAGACAACAAAACAACACAGGCUACACUUGUCCCAACAACAACAACAACAACAACAACACUUAUCCAUGUCAAACCUAUGUUUACUACAAAGCAACACCACCAAAUUACCUCGAUUUAGCUACCAUUUCAGACCUUUUCCAACUUAGUCGUUUAAUGAUCUCAAAACCAAGCAAUAUCUCUUCACCUUCUUCUCCUCUACUCCCUAACCAACCCCUUCUCAUUCCCUUAACUUGUUCAUGCAACUUCAUCAACACCACUUUUGGUUCCAUUUCUUACUCUAACAUCACUUACACCAUCAAACCAAACGAUACCUUUUUCCUUGUUUCAACUAUAAACUUCCAAAACCUCACUACUUAUCCUUCUGUUCAAGUUGUUAAUCCUAAUCUUGUUGCUACUAAUCUCUCUAUUGGUGAUAAUGCUGUGUUUCCUAUUUUUUGUAAGUGUCCUGAUAAAACCAAAACAAAUUCUAGUUUCAUGAUUUCUUAUGUUGUUCAACCUCAUGAUAAUGUUUCUUCUAUUGCUUCUAUGUUUGGAACAAGUGAAAAGUCUAUAGUUGAUGUUAAUGGUGAAAGGUUAUAUGAUUAUGAUACUAUUUUUGUUCCUGUUACUGAAUUACCUGUCUUGAAACAACCUAGUACUAUUGUUCCUUCUCCUGCUCCAAGAGGAAAUUCUGAUGAUGGUGAUGAUGAUGAUGAUAAGAGUGGAAUUGUUAAAGGGUUGGCUAUUGGAUUAGGAAUUUUAGGGUUUUUGUUGAUUUUGGUUAUAGUGUUUUGGUUUUACAGAGAGGUUCUGUUUAAGAAGGAAAAGAAAGGAAAGGGUUUGUAUUUUGGAGAUAAAGGGUAUAAAGGGAAUGAUGAAAAGAAGAAGAAAAUGGAUGUGAAUUUUAUGGCUAAUGUUUCUGAUUGUUUAGAUAAGUAUAGAGUUUUUGGAUUUGAUGAAUUGGUUGAAGCUACUGAUGGGUUUGAUGAAAGGUUUUUGAUUCAAGGGUCUGUUUAUAAAGGUGAAAUUGAUGGACAAGUUUAUGCAAUUAAGAAGAUGAAGUGGAAUGCUUAUGAAGAACUCAAAAUUUUGCAGAAGGUAAACCAUGGGAAUUUGGUGAAGUUGGAAGGAUUUUGCAUAGAACCAGAAGAAUCAAAUUGCUAUCUAGUCUAUGAAUAUGUUGAAAAUGGAUCUCUUUACUCAUGGUUACAUGAAGACAAAAACGAAAAGUUAAAUUGGGUAACAAGGCUAAGAAUAGCCGUUGACAUUGCCAAUGGUUUAUUGUACAUUCAUGAACACACAAGACCAAAGGUUGUACACAAAGACAUUAAAAGUAGCAACAUUCUCUUGGACUCAAACAUGAGAGCUAAAAUUGCAAAUUUCGGUCUUGCAAAGAGCGGAAUUAACGCGAUUACAAUGCACAUUGUAGGAACACAAGGGUACAUUUCACCCGAAUAUCUAGCCGAUGGUAUCGUGUCAACGAAGAUGGAUGUGUUUUCUUUUGGUAUUGUGCUGCUUGAAUUGAUUUCUGGGAAGGAAGUUAUUGAUGAGGAGGGGAAUGUUUUGUGGGCUAGUGCUAUAAAAACAUUUGAAGUGAAAAAUGAACAAGAAAAAGCUAGGAGACUUAAGGAAUGGUUGGAUAGGACUAUGUUAAAGGAGACAUGUUCAAUGGAAAGUUUGAUGGGUGUACUUCAUGUUGCAAUUGCUUGUUUGAAUAGAGAUCCAUCAAAGAGACCUAGCAUUAUAGAUAUUGUUUAUUCACUUAGUAAAUGUGAAGAAGCAGGAUUUGAGCUCUCAGAUGAUGGGUUUGGUUCAGAAAGGUUGGUGGCUAGGUGAAUUAGGUUAUUUUGAUGGCCAAUUUAGUUUAAUGGGUACAGAUAUGUAGUAUUUCUUAAAGGAGGGGAGUUUUGAUCCCAAAAAGUUCAGAGAAAAAAAAUAUAAUGUAAUACUUUUAAAACAAAUUAGAAAAUAUAAUGAGGUCUACACGUGAGUUCAAUCACUUGAUUAUAUCUUAUUGUAAUUCGAUUAGAUCGAUGUAUGUGUAAUUUUUCCUCUUCAAAAUUGUGUAAUUUACUUUUA